GAUAUGAGAUCCGUUUAAAGGAAUGUGUAGGACCUGUCUGAAAUGACACAGCUUCUGUGUGGGCAGUGGCACUGUCACGGCUAAGGACGAGUCUAGCCAGGCUAGGUCUAAUAUUGGAAACAUAAUUACAAACGCACAGCCCCACCUUGAGCUGUAAAUAGACAAACAGAGUCAAAUUGGGAUAUGACUUGGAGCAUGGUUUCUCUGUGGGAAUUUUUAAAUUAUGAUUCAUUGGGAGUUGUUGGUAAUGAAAGAGGAUUUAUAACCUUGCUAUAGUACUAAAUCAAAUGGGUUAAAGCCAUUUCAUAUGACUUGAUUUUCAAACAAGGUAGGCCAAUUGAAAUAGGUGUACAAAUGAUUACAAUAGACUUUAUGUCAUGGCUAUUAGCGAUAAGGCCAAAUAAUCAAUGUCUAUCUGCUGAAAGUUGUGAGAAAAAAAAAUCGGACUUUCAGGAAGUUCUCAGUUAAUUAAGGGUCAUGACAGCCGCUAUGUUCAGAUGAGAGAGGAGGGGCGCUGUGAGCUGAGUCUAUGUGAAUAGUGUGUACAGUAAGGUCACCAUGCAUUAGACAUGAAAUAACACAUAUUAUAUAUUUUGGAAAUGUGACUGAAGUCGUUUUGUUUCUUGACAAGUUUAAUAAUAUAAUAACUGUUAAUGCUUCUAUGUGUACGUGGUUGAGUGUCAAAUGUUUUAGGGUAAAGAAUGAAAUUACUUUUUGUGGAGGAAAUAUGGUACGCAGAAGAGAUGAUCAAUUAAUUAAAGUUGCAAUGUAGGCUGUGUGUCACGUUCUGACCAUAGUUCUUUUGUGUUUUCCUUGCUUUAGUGUUGGUCAGGACGUGAGCUGAGUGGGCAUUCUAUGUUGUGUGUCUAGUUUGUCUAUUUCUAUGUUUGGCCUGAUAUGGUUCUCAAUCAGAGGCAGGUGUUAGUCAUUGUCUCUGAUUGGGAACCAUAUUUAGGUAGCCUGUUUUGUGUUGGGUUUUGUGGGUGGUUGUUCCCUGUCUUUGUGUUUUAUGCACAAGAUAGGGCUGUUUUGGGUUUUGCCACGUUUGUUCAUGGUGUGGCUCUUAUUAAAGAACCAUGAACUUCAACCACUCUGAGUUUUGGUCCUCCUCUCCUUCCCAGGAAGAAACCCUGUGGGAGAUGUUAUUUGUAACUCAAAUUGCCCUGUCAAAAGAAAUAUAAUAAUCGAAGAGCGGUUAAGCAAUUUUGGCUGUUGGGUAUCGAGCAUAUGUUCCAACUUUACCUUUCUCAAGUUGUUCUACAGGUACAACCAACAACGUUAUUUCAUGGCAGAGAAAUCGAUAUCACUUUGCUUUCAGGCAAUCUUGAACACGAAAUUCCUCGCAAUGGUUUCAUUUGAAGCAAAAUGACAACAUCUCAGUUCACUCCGACUUUUGUUUUAUCAGGGAGAUCCUACUGAAAUCAUAAUUGGGCCUUGCCAUACGUUGGCAUUUGAAUAUUAAGAGCUUGAGAGGACAUUUAGUUAUUGACUUAGCCUUGUUCUGUUCAAUGUUCUCUACCUAUAUAGUACUCUAAAUACGCCAAUUUAAUGUUAAGUUAAAUAAUACAAGAUUUUAAAAAAUGGCUCACACUAUUCAAACCAAUGAGGUUUCGGGAACGUUAAAGUCAAUAAUCUCAGAGUCAUCUUUUUGCAGAUAGAACCUUAUAUUCCCAAACUUUCGAUAUGAUAGAUCCAAUAACUUCGUCCAAAUGUAUCUGGAUGAAUGAGCCAGCACGUUAACUGACGAAGGCUCUUGUAAGGGAUACCUCAUGUCCGCAUCUGCAGGCUGCUACAUGGAGUGCGUCAUUAACGGGAUAUCAUCGCCGGUGAGCUCUGAUGAGAGGAGGUACCGCAGGAUCCGUUUACAUCGCCAUGAGCCUUGUUGCAUGGGCCAUGAGGAAGGGAGGGUUGGGGGCUUAAAAGUUACAAAUAGUCUAAAUAUUCCACAUUAUAGCCUAGUCAAGGGAAAGUUCCAGUAAGUUUAUACCCAUUUUAACUCGUCAACCACGGUAAAAUAUAAACCAAAUACGAUCAUGUCAUCUGAUUCUGAACCAACGCAAAUGUCACCUGCCAUUAUAGGAAAUAAAUAUGUGUUCUCUAAAUGAUAUUUUAGAAAAUAUAUUAAGUUGUGGUUUACAAUCACAAACGGAGAACGUGGGGGGGCAGUGGUCCCUUUCGCCACCUGCCUCACAUGCUCACAAAACCUUGUAAACGCGCACGCGCCUUUUCAACCAAUGGUGUUCAAAUCUUUCCGGAGAUAAAAUAGGCGGUGUGGACGGAGAGGAUGUCAUCACAAGUGACCAGGGACCUUGAGAGUCACGCAGCGAAUAGUAACCAUGCCGAGGUCAUUUUUGGUGAAGAGUAAACGGGCACAUAGCUACCACCAACCCCGAUACCUGGAUGAGCGCAAACCGCAGGUUGAGGGGAGCUGUGACGCGCAGGAUGCUCAUAACCAUGGCAAGCGCUCCCCCGAGUCCUAUCUAGUGCGCACGGCUGACCUGUUAUCCACCUCCCCGCUGAGCCACGAGGGCAACGUGUGCGACCGCUCGCCGGACUAUGACUACUACUGGCGCCCUCCAUCUCCAUCUGCAUCACAAGAUUCGGAACAAUGUUUCACUCCGUCAGUAGACAACGCUCAACCUUUCGCCAUUCCAUUCCGCCCUUAUGCAUGGACUACCUACUCUGGUUCCAAGCUCGGGCACCUUGUGCAGCGAACAUACCAACAGAAUCUCUCCACAACUCUGGAGCCUGACACACAGAUGGUUAUCGAUGGAUCCGAGGAUGGUGCCUCCAACUCCCCCAUUUACGCACAGCGGGGCCCGCACACAGGAUUUUACCGGGACUUUGGGUCUACGGUGUUCCCUACCUAUAAAAUGUGGGACGCCGACCAAUUAUACUCGGACCUCAAGGUCUCUCAAAUCAAGUCUGAAUCCGAUCUCAUCUGUUCCCGUAUAGAGCCAAGCAGAUCGUACAAAUGCAUUAAGUGUUGCAAGGUCUUCUCGACACCGCACGGGUUGGAAGUUCACGUCCGUCGGUCGCACAGCGGAGCACGACCCUUCACCUGUGGAAUGUGUUGGAAAACAUUUGGGCACGCAGUGAGCUUGGAACAACAUAAAGCCGUUCACUCACAGGAGAGGAGCUUCGACUGCAAAAUCUGUUGCAAAAGCUUCAAGCGAUCGUCCACGCUGUCCACGCACCUGCUCAUCCACUCGGACACGCGCCCCUACCCAUGUCAGUACUGCGGUAAGAGAUUCCAUCAGAAGUCGGACAUGAAGAAACACACCUUCAUCCAUACAGGUGAGAAACCGCACAAGUGCCAGGUAUGCGGGAAGGCCUUCAGUCAGAGCUCCAACCUCAUCACGCACAGCCGCAAGCACACGGGCUAUAAACCGUUCUGCUGCGACCUCUGCGUCAAGGGAUUCCAACGGAAAGUGGAUCUGAGGAGGCACAAAGACACACAACAUGGAUUUAAAUGAAAAACCGCGAACAGCAAAAAUUGUGCCUGGAGGAUUGAGAAGAAAAUAGGCUAAUAAUGGAAGUAAAUAUGUCAAAUUUCAGAGGAAGGAUUAACGAAUUAAUUUUAAUAGUAUAUGCAAUUGUCAAUUUCAAAAUACAUUUAUGCAAUACUAGUAUUGUUAUAGGCCAAAUUGUCUUUAACAUUUUACACAACACAAAAUACAUGAUUUAGAAGUGUUGGUUGUGAUGCCCAACCAGGCAUAUUUAUAUUUGUGCUUAAUCUUGUUUUUUUUCCCUGGCAGAAAACGAUUAAAUGCAAUACUACUCAGCAAUUUCAUGCUUAGUAGGCUAUUUGUGAAAAUGCCAUAUUAAUCAAUGCCCAUUCUAUUCCAGCUUAAAUUAUAACUGUCACACUAAUUUGUAAUGUGUAACAAAAUCCAAUAUACAUUUUUAAUGGCCCCUUAUCUUCUGUAAAACAUAAGGCUUGAAGUUCAAAAGUGCAGGAAUCUAAACCAAACAUGCUAAAAAUAUAUUCUUAAUGAAUAGUAGGCCUGUCAGUGAGUUGAAUGAAGGUGGUGCAGUGGAAUUGUCAAUUGUUUAAACCUUCUGUAUCAACACUUUCUUGAAAUGAGCAAGGGGGAAACAAAUGAACUCACACCAACAAAAUGAACAUAUUUUACUCAAGGCCUACAAGCAAAAUGCUUCAGAACUACUAGGCUAUAUCUGUAUGACCUAAACUGUUUGAAUCAAAUAAAAUGAUUCACGUUCAUUUCCCAUUCGUGCGCGCUACCUGGUCCAAACCAAAUAUUAUCAGACACCCGCUUUAACACACUUGGAACAAAUGAGAUGACACUGCCAGGAAGUUGGGAGAAACAGCAUCACUUUUAUUGCACCAUCCUCUUACAGUUAGGCAACAUAGUCAACAACACAUGACGUUUUUAGACAAAGUGUAAAACCUGAGUGAUUUUAUUUGGCUGUAUAGAGGCACAGGGUUAAACAUUGGAGGCUUGUAAACUUUAAAGAUUUGAUUUAGACAUUUACAGCAUCAGAUUCACUGUAUCAAUAGAUUCACUCAACUAUGCACUAGUGUAAGAAUUUAUGUUUGAAAACAAGCCUCGUCAGUGAUACAGUAUGCCUACACGGUCUUCAUUUCAGGGAACUACAACAACAUCAAGCACUGUACAUUGCCCGAGAGAAGACGAAAGUAAUUAUUUUACUCUUAAUUCUCAAUAACAGAACACAAUCAAUCAACAAAUGAAAAAGCAACCAAAAUAAAUAAAAAGGAUAACCGGACUGACGUCUCCCUUCCCCCGCAGUUCUUAUAAUAGGGGACAAUGUUGUCCAGAAGAAGAAUAGACUUUCAUUGAUUUGUCUGCCGUUUUUCUGUGUGCUCGUGUGGACAGAGCUCUGCGGUUCUGAGUAGCUGGACCAGGCUCUGCAGGUCCCGGUCCAGCAGUGGGAGCUCCUGCAUCAGAGUAGAGAGGUAAUCGACUGAGGCCGGCCUCUCCAGGGCCUCCCGCACCACUGGGGACACCUCUGAUAA